AUGGCAGCCUUAGAAAGACAGGUCUUUGAUUUCCUUGGAUACCAGUGGGCUCCUAUUCUUGGCAACUUUCUUCAUAUAAUAGCAGUUAUACUGGGUCUUUUUGGAACCAUCCAGUACAGACCACGAUACAUUGUUGUGUAUGCUGUCUGGAUUGCCUUGUGGGUUGCCUGGAAUGUUUUCAUCAUUUGCUUCUACUUAGAAGUUGGUGGACUUUCAAAGGAUUCAGAUCUUAUGACCUUUAAUAUCUCAAUACAUCGCUCAUGGUGGCGAGAGCAUGGACCAGGCUGUGUACGAACAGAGGUGGUAGCGCCAGCCAGCAGAAGUCUAGAUGAUCAUUCCUACAUUUCAGUGACAAACUGCAUGGUUGACUUCCAGUACAUAGAAGUCAUUCACAGCUCUUUCCAAAUACUCCUGGCGUUAAUUGGUUUUGUAUACGCCUGCUAUGUUAUCAGCAUUUUCAUGGAGGAAGAAGACACCUUCACUUUCAUCAGUGGAGUCUCACCAUACAUGUACCCCCCUCCAUCCCAGAUGCCUUCUCAUGCACAGUUAAGGCCUGUCCUACCUGUCGAAGUAAGUAGUCAAUGGAGACAUAGUAUUGCUGUAUGCUGAAUGGAAUGGAACGGAGAAAACAACACCAGAGAACACUUCACUGACAACUUGGAGAACGAGAGAGAAAACAUACAAAAGUUAUAUUAGAGCUACUUAGUAAUAUAUGGAAUUGUGCUAUCUGCACAUCUUCCACACUUGGCCAAAUGUCUUGAAAUAUCCUAGAAGUGAUUCUGCAGAUUUUCCUGCAGUAAGGUUUCCCUCCCAAUGUAUAUUUGUAUAAUGGACUAAUACAUUUGUUUGUGUGUAUAUGUGUGCGUGUGUGUGUGUGUGUGUGUGUGUGUGUGUGUGUGUGUGUGUGUGUGUGUGUGUGUGUGUGUGUGUGUGUGUGUGUGUGUGUAGCUGGUAUAAUGGAUGGAAACCUCUGUCUCUUAUCUGGUACCCACACUUUGCCAAGCAAAUGUAUUUCUUUUGUAAAAAUUCAGAUUUCUGUUUCUUGACUAUAGCUAUGCUCCCUUUCAGAUAUAUUCAAAAUGUUUCCACUUUAUUCCACCAUAUAUUUUCAGUAAUAGGAGGUUAAAAAAAGCAUUUUAGUGUAUCCUUUUGUCAGAAAACACAAUAUAUAUAUACUAAAUUUAUUCUGCAGCAAGAAGACAAUUUUCCAAGGAGUUUUUGUUGAUUUUUAUACAUAUCCAUCACACCAUACUAUUUACCAUGUCUCAGAGUAGACCUUCUGUAGUACAUGGGACCAUUUCACGUGUACUUUAGAUACUGGCUAUGUAUGCAAUCAGAUAGCAAAGGACUGUGCACCUGGGUGAACAAAUGUGAUAAUCGAAGAGAUAUUAGUCAGAAUUUUACAAAUACCAGAGAGUGAACAUUGUAGUUAUGUGAAGCAAUUCAAGAGUGAAAGCUAUAGUUUAAGUUCAUCAUUGCAGACCAGGUAACACUGCACCAAAAUUCGGAAAUCACCCAUUUUGUUCCUGAUAUUUGUAUUAUCUUUUUGACUCCUGGAAUGAUACAGUGAUUUUUCUAGGAGUGGGAAUCCAUUUCAAUAAUCUGCUCAUAAUCCAAAAGAAAGUAUUUAAGCUGAAUUCAGCAGAUGUGAAAUUUUACAACAUAGAUUGGCCAGUUAAAAGAGAGAAAAGUGCUUUCCAGAAGGUUUUCUUUUUUGUAAUUCCUGUAUUCAAAGUCAGGAGUUAACCCAAAAUUUUGAAAUGAUACAUCAGCUUCCCGAAUGUUUCCCUGCCCCAAGAAUAACCAGUCAUUUCUGACUUGUAGACCAACCUCCUGUUCUGUUACCUACUUCCAAUAUAGCUGGCUUUUUUCCUGUGGUAGAUGUCCUAAACCAAACCACAAACAAAAAAUGAAUAAACAUAAACAAGGAUGCCACCGUUGUUCUCGUAACUCGUUUAUCCUUUAUUUAAUAAAUGAGUUACGAGUACAACAGUGGAAUCCUUGCUUAUGUAGAUGUCAUAAAUCCAGACUUAAAAAUGCAUCACAGAGAUUUAAAGCAUUACAUUAGAAAACCUAAUGUAACAAGCAUAAUCAUUCUGAGCAUAGUAAUUUCUGUCCACUUGUACCCUUUUAAUUUAAUUUUAUAUGUUUGACGCUGAAAUAUUUAGUACCAUUAAUCAAGCAAAGCUUCACUGAAUGACUGAGGAAACUCAGCAGCUCAAAUAUAUUUUUGAAUUUUUUUUUAAUAAAUAAAAAAAGGGAAAAACAGCCAAUAAGUGCUUUUAGACUUCAAAUAAUUCUUCGUCAUACUCAAAAUUAUAUCUGAGCUGCUGAGUUUCCUAAUUCUUUUAGUGAAUCUUUGUUUGACUAGUUCUUGUAGUUGCUUGCCAGAGAUCAUUUUUGGAUUUUUCUUGAUAUUUUGUACAUCUUUUCCUUGUAAAAUAUUGCCUCCUUUAAAAUCUGUAUACAGUGACUUACAUGAUGAAGGCCUAGUUAUAAUCCCCACCCAAAGUAAAACAUUUAUAGAAACCUAAUCAUAUAUAUUUAGAGUUAUAUAAAGCAGAAAAGAGUAGAUGAAAUAAGUAAAUGAACAGACUACAGCACUAUAAUACUAACUGCCCUUUAAUGCAUCUUUACUGCUUAAAUGUUGCUCUCACAUUUACUGACCACAUAAAAACAGUACUUAGUCACGUAUAAAUUCCCACAAGAAAAGAUCGGAAACACAAAUGGUCUCCCUCAGGCUUCCUGACCAAGUGCAGUAGUGUUGGAGUUCUAUUAUGCAGCAAUUUAUAGAAACCAUAGGCAGGGAAGGUUUAAAGUGACUGGCAUUUUGUUUAGGAACUCUUGUAAGGUUAGUGGCUGGGAUGGACUAUCCUUUUGUUGGACCCAAACUUCUAGUUCGUGUUUCAGAAGGUGCAAGUUUCAGCUGUAAUUGUACUGCAAUGCACUGGAAAAGUCACUUGUAUCAAACUAUCACCCCCACCCUGUCUACAUAGAGAAGAAUAAGAAAAGAUGAGAAAGCAACAUUUAUGAGAGGAAUGCACACAGACAACAUUUACACUUAAGCAACAUCCAUUUUAAUGUCUCAUUAUUGUUAUGUUAUUAGAUGUCAUUCACUACAGAAUGCCAGUGUUUUAGAUUACAUAUCAGGAACAGUUACAAGCACACAAGUAAGCAAGUUAUGUGUAUGUAUUUGUUUUGUUUAUCUUUGUAGUAGCCUGUGUUUAUUACAUACUUCUUAGAGAAAACUGCUACUACACUGCUUCUUUGACAUAGGUUCCUGUGUUAAAGAUUAUUGCAAGCACUGGAUAAAAAGGAGGUAUGGCCUUAACCACAAAGCCAGACAAGUCUGUUUAUUUUUAGUACCUAAAAAUCCAGCACUCAGUAAAUUAACAAGGUUUUCUAAACUGAAAUUUUAUAAAAUGAGAAACAAGUGUAAAACAUAAAUAAAUAAAACCAAAAGUGGUAUAUUUGUAACAUUGCAAAUACAAUAUUUGAGCCAAAAAAGCUUUUUACUUUCAGCUUUAAUUUCACAAAUUUAUCAUAUAACAAAUCCCUUCAGAACAGAAGAUGAGUGCAAAAUAAGGUUUUAGCACCAAACCAAUAUUAGGGGUGAGGUGUAGUCUAGGCGGUGCGGUGUACAGUUUAGAAAAAAAUGCUGCUCUAUUUUUGUGGUUUAUUUUUAAACGAGGGUGAUGUUCUAGCAGAGUUUAAAAAAAAAAAACACAGUGCUCAAAGAGAGCACAAGAAUAUCUCUUUCUUCCAGCCACAUAAAACUAACUUUCACACCCACCAAUGUCUUCACUUGAGUCACCUUUAAAGUUAUAUAACCCACCCCAUCUCUGCUCAGAUCAGGUAUGUAUGAAUGUAUAUAUGCGUUUAUGGGUGGCUUAAUGGCUAAGGUGUUUCCCUUACAAACAUGAGGU